CGAGGGCAUAACGUCGGUCUCGCGGACUUGUCAACAUAAAUCUCAGGUUCAUACUUGGAGAGACGCGCGCAACGAAGUGGACUGAAGCUAGUGGCAGCUUGAUACCCAGGAGGAAACGCCGCAAUCAAGUAACCUUUCACUAUGGUUGCACCUCUAUACACGACCGCAUCCGGUCUCCUCUUCCAUGCCGGAAAAAUCCUGGUCGUAACUGUCGGCCUCCCCGCCCGAGGCAAGACGCACAUCUCGCGAGCCCUCGAGCGGUACCUGCGAUGGAUGGGUGUCAAGACGGUAGUGAUAUCUCUAGGGGACUACCGUCGGAAGAUGAUCGGAGGCGCGCAGAAACUCCCGCCUGACUACUUCACCUUGGGCGAGAAGAGCCCGGAGACCAUGGCACUGAGGCAGAAAGUCGCUAGCGGCUGCGAGCAGCUCAUCUGGAACUUCUUUGAUAGUGGGGGGCAGGUAGUGAUCUACGAUGCGAAUAAUGGAACUCGCCAGGCGAGGCAGACCCUCGCGGAGAAGUUCGACAAGGCCGGCAUCCACGUUGUCAUGAUGGAGUCGGUGUGUGAUAACGUCAAACUCAUAGAGCGGAACAUCCGUAGUGUAAAGAUCUCCUCCCCCGAUUACAAAGGCUGGGACCCAGACAAGGCUGUGGAGGACUACUGGGGCCGUAUCAGAGAUCACGAGAGGUACUACGAACCCGUAGAGGAGACGACCUGGCCCUUCAUUCGGAUCAUAAACGUUGGCGAGAAGAUUAUGGUUAAUGACAUCCGUGGCUACCUGCAAUCUCGGAUCGUCUUCUUCCUCAUGAACAUCCACAACCGCUACCGCACAAUAUAUUUUGCUCGUUCUGGCCAAUCCCUCAUCGAGCACUCGUACAAGGCCGACUCGGACCUCUCGCCCAGCGGAUGGGACUACGCUGAGCGUUUGAAGGAGUUUGUUAUGGACCGACGCAAGAAGUCCCUCGCUGACAAGGGCAUGACAACCGGCGACCGUAAGCUCGUGGUCUGGACGUCCUCCCGCCGCCGCUCGCACCACACCGCAUGGCCGUUCCUCACCCCGGACGCGGUCAAAGCGAAUGUCAAGGUCGUCGAGAAGCAGCAGAUGUCCGAGAUAAACCCCGGUGUGUGGGACGGGCUCACGCCCGACCAGGUGAAGAAGUACUACCCCGACGAAUGGGAGCGCUUCGUCAAGGACCCGUACGCGUACCGUGCGCCCCGCGCUGAGAGCUACCACGAUCUCUGCGUCCGCCUGGAACCAAUACUGAUCGAGCUCGAGCGCGAGCAAGAAGACCUCCUCAUCAUCGGGCACGCCUCCGUCAUCCGCUGCCUCCUCGCGUACCUCAUUGGCCUCCCCGCAUCCGAGAUCCCCGCCAUCGAGAUCGCGCGCGGUGACCUCCUCGAGGUCGUGCCCACCUCCUACGGCGUGCAGAGCCAGGCGUUUCACUUCUGGGACGGCCCCGGGCGGAAUCACGGUGACGAGCCCGGCGAGCCGGGGAAGGACGAGAACAAUUUCUAUGAGAAUUACGCAGAGGAUACGAAGGGGAAGAGGAAGAUUGGG